UCUGUUGGAGUUGCUAUUGGUCAAGUUACUUAAUGGUAUAAAUUAUCAAAUAUUGUUCGUUUAAGAUGGCACAUUCCCGUCACCGAAAGUACGCUGCACUAUAUGCGAAAGUGUUAGGACCAAGGACAGGCGAAGGCAUAUAAAUGUCCUUGCGGGCACCAUAUUGUCGCAAUCUCGAUCUUAAUCGUCCAUUACGAAUCAAUUGUGCGGGCUCCGGGCGACGCUCGGCGCGCUAAUCGCAAUGAAGCCGUUGCGAGUUUUGGCAAACGCCGCCGGGGCAGUAAAGACGUCGGUAUUGCCGCCAUCGAGCGCGAGACACGAGGGCGAGCUGGCUGAAUGGCAACCAACACGACUCAAACGGAACGAGGUGCAUUGACACCUCGUGUUUCUCAUAUCUUAUGAUAUGACGAUUUCAACUUUGCUGUUUGGAAUUUAUAACAUAUAAAGUAUCAUUUGCCGAUGGCCCGGACGGAGCGGCACGCAGCGAUCCGCGGCGUACGCACCGCACGCACGGCACAAUAACAAUAUGAAUUCAAUAGAACUCAGCACAAUGUUUAAAAUCUAUCCGUCUCGCUCGUACCGAGAGCCGCCAUUUUGGGUACGAGAGUCGCGUCCGUCCGAUGCGGGUGACGUCAGCCGGAUCAGUCCGCUACGUACGUCUCCCACCACCGCUCGCGUCGCGUUAUCAAUUAAAAUGCCACCAAAAAGUAAUAAAAUGGACGACGCGCUUCUAAUAUCUAUCGUCGAACAACACGAAGAAUUAUAUAAUUUGCAUCAUCCGCAAUAUUUAAACCAACAGAGAAGAGACAGCAUCUGGGAGGAAAUAGGAUCGAUAAUGAAACAUGACAGUUACAUUUGUAAAGAACGCUGGGCGAGAAUCAGAGAUAAUUUUCGGAAAGCGUUAAACCUUAGAAGAACAAAAGCCGGAAAAUUGGCUUGCAAAAUUAAGGCCCCCAGAUUCAAUAAGGAAUUAAGUUUUCUUAUACCUUUCUUCACAGAUGAUGAUAAUAAGCAUUCGAUUAAAUCUGGCAGUGAGACUGACGAGGAGGCAACCGCGCAGCCUCAGUCCCCUUCUCCGUUUGCAUCUGCUUACAUGCCGGUUUUUUCUUCAGAUUGUGAUGAGCAGAAUUCCAAUCCUAAUGUCACAAGCAGAGAAACUGCAAGUUCAUCAGCGUACAGAUAUCACGAGUCCGAUCCCCUUAUAGACUUUUUCCUAACAAUGGGCAGAACGGUGAAAACAUUCCCUCUACGGGAACAAGUGAGGAUAAAAGGAGAACUUUUCAAAAUCGUUAACAGUACAGAGAUGAAAAUGGCCACAUGCACUAAUAUUGAUGUUGCCGGUAAAUCAGACGAAACGACUUUUCCAUCCACCACUAAGCCGGCUUCUAAAAACUUGUCAGCAGAAAUAUCUACAGCAAAUAUAAACGUUAAAACGGAACCGAACGAAACAGACCUCGCUGUAAUAACCGAACAGGACAAUGUCGUCGUUGCAAGAUUACAAAAUCCUAUGUGUAUCAUGCACCCAUACACCCCAUAGGAGAUUAUAUAUUCUUACUAAUAUAUAUUUUUUAUAUUUGUAUUUCUUUAUUUUAAUAUUAAACGUAUCUGUUUUGUAAAAUAAAAA